AUGGAUCCCAGUGCGAAUGUCUCCAUCUACGUUACUGGCUUUGGACCCUUUAUGGGAGUGGACGACAACCCUUCCUCCGUGCUUUGCGACACUUUGCGCAAGUAUGUACAUGAAGGUUGUCCCCCGGAAGAUGUCCCAAUCGAAGUCCUGCAGGAAUUCGAAGCAGCUGGCAUAUCACUGGAAGGCCUGAGAGCUCUCGACGUGGCGGCGCAGGCUUGCCAGACAGAAGUACCUGAAAUUCACAGGUAUCUUCGUGCAAAGAGGGAAGAGACCCCGAAAGCAGCCACCGCUGUCGUACAUCUCGGAGUGGCUGGUGAUCGGAGUCACAUCUGCCUCGAGUGCCGUGGUGUUAACGAGGCGAAUUUUCGCAUUCCUGACGUUUUCGGCUUCCAAUGUUGUGGGGAACCUGUCAUUCCAGACUCGCCUCCUGUCCUCUACUGCUCCCUGCGGCUAACAGAGAUCCUUGCAGAAAUGCAUGACAAAGGUGUGAACUGUGAGAUUUCGACGGAUGCAGGCCGGUAUAUUUGCAACUACAUCUUCUUUCAGUCCUUACAUACAGCGGCGCCAUAUGGGAUUCCUGUCCUCUUUGUUCACAUACCGACCUUCGAAGACAUGGUCCACGAGGUUCAGGUGAAAGCCUUGCUCUGCCUCUUUGUCGCCAUUGCCCGACAGCUUCGUGGCGAUGCCCCGUCCGUUCCAGUUCUGAUGCGCAGCACUGUGCAGUGGGAGAUAAACAGCAUUGACGCGAGUCAGAAAGCGGGAGUUCUUUGGAUUCAGCUACGCUGCCUUUCACUUGCCGCUGUCAGAUGGGAUGAGUCCAACGAAGGCCAGAAGACGCCGGGACGGCGCAAGAAGCAGGCCCAGUCAAAGCAAAAGGGCAAGAAGAAGAAGAAGGAGAUUGCCGAAGAAGCGCAAGCUCAACUGGAAGCUUGGUGCCGCAGUACCCUGGCAAGUGUUCCUGAGGCAGAUGAGGAGACCAAGAGCGCUGCAGAGUCACGCAAAAAGCAGCUAGAAGAAAUGCAGCAGGCUGAAAGAGCGAUGUGGGAGCCUACCAACUCUGGGCUGGAGCCACGGUCGAGGCCCAUGGCUGAAGACACUGCAGGAUCCUCUGCAGCCUCCCCGAAGUCGAGGCCUGUCUCAAAGCCAGGGAAGAAGCUCACAAAGACGUGGUCCAACAAGUGGAAGACACUUGGACGUGAUGAUGCCUCUUAUGGCCUGCCAAAUUUGCAAGACCGUCUGGACCAGAUUCAGAACACCUAUUUCGGCAAGGCAGACAUGAUGGAUGAGGCAACUGUACAGCGAAUGAGGAUGGUUUUCAAUCGCUUUCGCAACUCUACCGGCAAUGAGAUUUUGCAGGAUGACCUGCCGCAUGCCAUGGAGUUCUUGGGGUACGUCGUGACUUCCGAAGAGGAGCUUCACCAAGUUGCUAGGCAAGUGACGUCCUUUCAUGAAAUGGACUUCAAUGAAUUCCUGGAGUUUGUCGAGAAGUACAGCAGGGCACAGUUUGAGUUGUACCAAGUCGUUUUCGACACGUUUGAUGAAGAUGGAAGCGGGGAGAUUGAAAUAUCGGAGCUGCGGAAGUUGCUUCUGAGCAUUGGCAUCGUCGUUGUUCGACAGAUGAUUGAAGAGGCGUUGGCGGUGGUGGAUGCUGAUGGCAACGGUCAGUUGAACUUCGAAGAAUUCAUCUAUUUUUUAACCGUCUAUCAGCAUACCGAAGGCUUCACCAAAGACGAGGUGAUAAAGAUGUGGAACAUCUAUACCGGGUUUGUCGCCGAAUCGGUCAAGCUGAAGCGCGGGCAGCUUCUGCAGAUUGAUGACCUCAAGGAUGCAUUGGUUGCUGUCUUCGGUCUCCACUCAGAAGCACAUGCUGUACGCAUCGCCUACAAGCUCUGCAACAAUGCAAACGGACAAAAGAGGCAGUUUGGAGCAAACGAGGGUCUAACAUUCCACGAGUUUCUGAUCUUCGCAAGAGGAUUGCGAAUUGCGGAGCAGGCUGAGUACAAAAGACAUUUCAAAAGGUUCGACCAGGAUGGCAGCGGCAACAUCAGCGCAACUGAACUCCGAGAUGUCUUGCAAGCAUUGGGCUACCGGCCUAUGCGGCAAGUGAUGGGCGAGGUCUUGGAAGAGGUCGACUUUGAGCACGAUGCGGAGCUCGACUUUGAGGAGUUCUUCCAUUUCAUGCUGCUCUUCAAGCAGCGCGAUGGAUUUAGCCAGAAGGAGCUACAAGAAUUUUCGGAAGUUUUUCGAAAGUUCGAUCGUGACGAGUCUGACAACAUCAAUGUGCAUGAGCUCGGCGACAUGCUGCGAUUUCUUGGUUUCAGUGUAGGAACCGACCAUCUUUACAUGUUGCUCGCCCAGGUAGAUGUCAAUCGAAAUGGAACUUUGGAUUGCAACGAGUUCCUCCGCCUGAUGCGCCUACAUCGAGAAACCGAGCUGAAGAGGCUCCAUGACAUUUUUGUUCAUCGAGGGGUUGCUCAGGAACUCUUGAGCGUGCCGAUGGUGCCCACAGCGCUCCAGGACUACCUGGGAAAAGAUGUGCCUCUGAACACCGUCCUUCCACAUUCAGAUCUCCCGUCCGAAGAUCUAGAUUUCGAGGACUUUGUGACCUUGGCUGACAAAGCCCGGAUGGCAAGGGUCGUCUCGCAGCGGCGCAUGGCCGGCUUCUCCCCCGCUGAGAUCACUCAGCUUGAGGAGAUGUUCAAGCACUAUGACAAGGAUGAGAGUGGCGACAUUGAUUCCGUCGAGGUGCAGGAGCUGUUGAACGACUUCGGCCUGUCGUGCAGGACCAUUGCCGAACGGCAAGCAGCCCUCGACCAACUGGAAGAGGCCAAACAGCUCGCCGCCGAGGCUGGCGUGAAACGCCCCAAAGGCAAAAUCAACACGAUGAUUACGUUCUGGGAACUUGUACAGCUUGUCAGGCUAGUGAAGACAAGUCGCGCAAAGGCAAAGGAGGAAGAGAGCCGCGUAUUGCUUGAAGCCAUCUCCUUCUCCAAGCAGGAGAUCGAUGAUUUCAGAUCCGUGUUCCUCAACUGGGCCAAAUACGGUGGACUCAAUCCAUCCGUGGACGAAGGGACGCUGGGCCAGCGCGUUUCUCUGCACGAGACUGCUGCAAAGAAGAAGGACACCGAGGAUCUUGAUGAGGAGGAGCCCGGCCUCACCCAAUCGAUGUUUCAGAGGCUGCUGCGAUCGCUGGACUUGCAGAUCAACCAGUCAGCCAAACAGGCCAUGGAACAGAAACUCAGCCAUGUCCAGUUGACGGACAAGAAUGAACUGAGCUUUGUCGGUUUCCUACAAAUGAUGCGGUGGAUGCUGGACUCAAACUUUGCGGGCAUCAAUGCGUCGGCACAAAAGGUCGCGGCAGCGAGACAGGAGGACCACUUCUCCAGAGCAUUGCAGAGCCGGUGA